AUGAGUUCGACAAUCCUCGAGUUCAUGGAAAAAGUUUUGGCAAUCAGGAACGCCCAGGAAAAAAUUAUUUCGUGGGGUGAGACCAUGGAUCUAAUAGACAAGGGGGUGAAGUCAGAAGCUUUGAGAGAAAUCUUUCAUGCGCAAGAUAGUUCCGUAAACAUUCUGGCCGACAAAAAUUGGAUUCAGUGGGCCUACCUUGUAUGGCAAUCUGAUGAUCAGUCAAAGAAUGCAUUUCAGUCGAUUUAUAAGGCUAUGGCAGCUGAAUUAACUGCGGAGCGCUUAAAUACCAUAUUCAAAAAUGGGAUCGCGGAUAUCAGUACUCGAGAACUCGUCAUCGAACUGCGCAAUCGUUGGUGGAAAGAUAAUGGUAUCACACCAUCCGAUGUGCUAAGCGAAAUUGAUACCCUCAACUUCUUUGGCGUGGCUUUCGACAAUUGGCUCGCAUAUCUAUCCUUUAGUAACCAAGCUGAGUAUAAUCGGAAUCCUCGUGUAUGUGAGCUGAAGUAUCUCAUUCUACACUACAGAAUGCCACAAUUACUGGAAAUUUUGGUCUACCCCACAAAUAGCGGAAACGUCAGGGCGUCGGAAUAUUUAACAAUCGUUUCUCAAGUUAUGCUGCCCCGAAAAAUUCGCCCAUGCGAGGUCGUGAAGGCGAUUGCAAGUAAUGAUGGCGUCAUUCCCACCUUUCUCAAUGAAGUGGAGAACGAAACUCGUUUCCGAUUUUGGUUCGAUUAUCACCUUUCAUUUAAUGAACGGUAUCCUGAAUAUGCACUGUCGCUGGUUGAUAUGCUAACCGAGGCUGUCGGCCCCGCAAGAGUGGCAGCUAUGUUGCUUGCUGCACAAAAGUCUACAAACAAAACCGUAAAAAAUAUCGGUGACACGUACCUAGCAGACCAAUGUAAACAAUGGUCUAGAAGCUCGAAGUCAGCGCAUCUUGUUCAUGACCUGAUAUCAAAAGACUUGGCAAAGAACCCGUGGAAGUUGGAAACGUAUAGUCUAUCGGAGUUGGCCGGAGAGACCAGCCGUAAAUACUCAAACUAUGUCUAUAAGCGUCUAUCAAUACGGAAAAUGAAGUAG